AUGGGGGUUGCAGAUGAAGCUGACUUUCUUCGAAUAAGGGAGGUACUAAAACAACGCAUUCGAAAAGAGAGCAGGAAGGCGUUGGACUCUGCUGAUGACUGCUCGGUUGAGAAGAAGAAAACACCCAAGCACAGACCCUUCUUUGGCCCCUCAGAACAUCGUAUUGCUCAAAGAUUGAUUGACGGAAGGGAUGCAUUAAUUCAAGAGCUCAAGAUUAGUUCACAGGAUGUGAGGAAGGUAGAGAUCCCUGCCACAACCACAGCAUCAGAGUCGUCUGAAUCAGAGUCCGAGUCGGGUUUGACAAAGGCUGCAAAACUCAGCGAGUCUCGGGAUUACUCUUUUUUGUCAUCAGAUGAUGCCGAUGUUCCAAAAGAUUCAAAAGAAGAUGCUGGAGUUAGUAAAGAUAUAUUUGUUUCGGAAUCAAGUGAUGAUGAAAAAACUCCGGCUGCUGUACAAGGAGCUUCUACGAAUUUGAAGUCUGAUAAGCUGGGAAGACUUCCUCUGAAAACAAUGUCAAGAUCUCAGAAACCCUCCCUAGCAAAGAAAAGUCAUGUGCCAAGUAAUACACUCAAGAAAGCAAAAUCGCUGGCGGAUAACCUUCAAUCUACUCUGGAAAGCAAACCCUCAUCGGAAAAGUCACAAUCUGAAACAAAGCGAAGAUUGAUAAAAACAGGUGAAAAGGUUAAUGAUAAGGAUUCGGACGAGGAAGAGGAUGAAGACAAUGUUGACGUUUCUUCUAUCAUCCAAGGACUGUUUAGAGGUAAUCGUAAGAGGCCCUCAACUUUGGAUUAUGACGAUAGAGAUGAUCGUGCAAUGGUGUCCAGCUUUGCUGAUAUUGAGAGAGAAGAAAGGAGAAGCGCAAAACUUGCAAGGCAGGAAGAUGAAAUAGAGGCUCUAAGAAUUGAACAAGAAGAAAAGAAGGAAAGGUUAAGAAGAGCAAAGAAGCAGAAGAUGCUGCAUAAAUCCACAACUGAGUGA